AUGUGGGAAAAAUGGAAUGAUGAAUAUUUUGUUAAAGUUUUUUUCAAUUGGAAUAUAUUCGAGAAAUAUAACAAAGAUAAUGAAUUUAAAUGUUUAGAAGAGAAUAUAAAAAGUAAAUUUCUGAAUUCGAAAAGUUAUGACUUAAAUAAAGAAGAAGAAUAUAGUUGUAGAACUUAUCAAAAAACGAAUAAAAACAUUUUGACAUUAAUACGUAGGACAUUUAUUUUAGAAAAAGGAUAUUUUGAUGUCUCUUACUUUUUAGUUGAUAUAAUAUUAAGAUGGAAUUAUUACAUUAGUUUAAGGAAUGAAAGAGAGAUAAAUAUAUAUGCGUUAAAAAAUAGGUUAAAAAUUGAUUUAAAUAUUUGUACUUCCCUACCGGACAUUUUCAAAAGUUUUGAAGAAUAUUUUCACGCCUAUUUUCCAUUAUUUUUAAUUGAAACCCAGCAAAUGAUAAAUCGUAACAAAGCAGAUGGAAAUAUAAGAGAAUAUGAAUUAGAUCUGAGUAAUAGUAAUGAUAAAAUAAGAUAUAUAUAUGACUCUGAAUUUGAUAUUAAUUUGGCAUAUAGUAGUGAUAAUUUGCAGCUUUAUGAUAAUAUACAUAUUGGUGAUCUUAUUCUGCUAAGAUUUAUACCAAAAAUAACGGAAAAAAAUGAAGCAGAUAGGUUUUGUACUAUUCCAUUGAAGUCAUCAGAAAAAAUAGAAAAUAAUAAAAAGAUACAAAAUGGAAAUAGUUUCAAUUAUAAACGGGAAAAUGAUAAAAAAAAGCGACUUGACACAUUUUUUCCAUACUUAAACUCGUUCAAGUCAUCAUAUGUUGAAAAAAUAGAUGAUGAGUUUUUAGGAAGUAAAAUGAUAAUGCGUAAAAAUUUGUUAUUUGAACAAACGAAUGCUAUACAGAUAAGUGCUAAAGUGGUUUGUAGUAAAAUAAAGAAUUGUAAACGGGAAAGUAAAAAACAAAGAAAUACAUUGAAUACGUUUUGUGAAGGUGAAAAUAUAAAUACAACAUCACUUGGAAUGAUUAAUUCAAGUAAGCAAAACACAUGUAAUAACAAAACACUUUCCUCCAAAAAAAAGAAAAAAAAAAGUGAUGUAACGAAUGAAGAAAUUUACAUGAUUAGAAAGUACUGUGUUCGCCAUUUACUAGGUUUCGUCUUUUCAAAAGACAAUGAAGCAAUUAAAAUAAGAUUCAAUACGAGUUAUCAAAAUUUUGAUAUUAUUGAUAAAGUAAGAAAAUGCAUUAUGUAUGAGAUAUUUACUAAAAACAAGUUAAAUGAUUAUUUUAUUCGCAUUUCAAAAGUGACCAACUUAACUACUACUCUUCACCAAUUCAACUGUUUGGUUUACUUUAGAUACUCCCCCCUCUUGCGUGAAAUUAUUGACAUAGAUGUAGGUGGGAAGGGAAAUUAUCGUAAAGGUGACAGAAAAAGUAGUAGAAGUAGAAGUGGCAAUGUAAGAAGUAGAAGUAGUAGUAGAAGAAGUAGAAGUAGAAGUGGCAGUAGUAGAAGUAGAAGUGGCAGUAGUAGAAGUAGAAGUGGCAGUAGUAGAAGUAGAAGUGGCAGUAGUAGAAGUGGCAGUAGUAGAAGUAGAAGUGGCAGUAGUAGAAGUAUAAGUGGCAGUAGUAGAAGUAGAAGUGGCAGUAGUAGAAGUAUAAGUGGCAGUAGUAGAAGUAGAAGUGGCAGCCAAAGUUACUACAAAAAUGGCGAUGAUGAUCACAUAGAUCCCAAGCCAUUAGGAGUGAAAGAGCAGGAAAAGACAAACACAACUGACAGUUGUACAUUAGGGGAAGAGUCGCAAAUGAAACAAAACAAAAUCUAUAAUAACUGUGAUAUGAAUGAAGACUUGAAAUACAAUGAUCCAUAUGAUGCAGAAAGAAAAACGGAACAUUUAAUAGAGAAGAUUAAAUAUUACUUAAAUCAGUUAAAAUUAGCACAAGAUAGAAAGAGUGAAGAAAAAGACGAAGUCGAAGAAGAAAAAGAAGAAGAGGAGGAAGAGGAAAAACCAAAAAGAAAAGAAAAUAAUAAGAUUAGAUUUCUUCAGUAUAAUCAUCUCUUAGAAUUUACUGUAAGACAUCUAAAUGAUAAAAAUACUCUUAAAAGAAAUGAACUAAUAAAAAAUAUAACUGACGUAGAGAAUUCAAAGGACGAGUAUGAAGGUUUCAAUUAUAUCCCUGAAUUAUUAAAAAAAAAAUUUUUUACCAUUUAUAAUAAAUAUCAAUUAAGAGCUAUCAAUAAUAGCAUCUUAAAUAGGGGCAUUACGUUAAUUCAAGGACCUCCAGGUACAGGAAAAACAACUACAAUUUUAGGUAUUAUAAGUUCAUUAAUGUUUUUUCAAAAAGAUAAAAUAAAACGAAAUAGUAAUUCAAAUAGUACAAAAGAAUUAUCUCCAGAUGGUUAUUUAGAAAGGGAAAAAAUAAAUAAAAGCCCAUAUGCUUGGAUGAAUUAUAGUAAAGAAAAUGAUUACUGCUAUUAUAAUGACGAUAACUGCUUUGAUGCAAUAGAAUAUGACGAUUUUUUUCAUCACUCUCCUAAAGAGAAUGAUGUGGAAAAUAAAUAUGUUAUUCACGGUGAUAGAGGUAACAACAUGCAGAAGAACUGUGCCUGUAGGAUACAUAUUAGUAUUAUGAUUGCUCUUAGUAAGCUAGCAAAAACGGAUGAUAAUGAGUAUUAUAGUUGUCUUAAUGGUACAAACUGUCCAAAUACUGGUUGCAUGAGUAGUAUGUAUAAUAAAGAUGAUGUUUUUAAAAAUAACGAAAAUAGGAUUAAAAAUCUAAUAGAAUUGAUAAAGCCAAUUUAUAAUCCUAAUACAUACAGCUCUGCUUCAGCAAAAAAAGAUAAAAAUUCUUUAGAAAUAAAAGUCAUCAAUGAGAGUUGUCACAACUCUUGUUACUCUAUCAACGAUAGUAUACUGCACACACAAGUAUACCAAGAUAUCGAAGAGUAUAGUAGCUAUUGGAAAGAAGCUUGUACAGCGGAUGGACUGUCAAACGGGGGAGAAAAUCGUCUUGUGACAGCUAAUAGAACGAAGGAAGGCAAAAUUGAUAGUAAGCAAGUAGAAAUAAAGAUGGAAAAAGAAAAAGCACAAAAUGUAGAAGCAGUAGCAGGAGAAGCAGAAGAAAUGGAAAAGGGCAGAGAAGGGUGUGGGAUUACACACAGAAAUAGUAACGACGAACUAAAGAACAUGAAGAAAGAACCCAUAAACAGGUUAAAAUUUAUAAGGAGUAAAAGGAUCCUAGUUUGCGCUCCCUCAAACGCAGCAAUAGAUGAAAUAUUAAGAAGAUUAAUUUCUCUAGAUGAAGGUAUAUUUGAUGAAAAUGGUGAACUGUUUCAUCCAAUUGUUACAAGAUUAGGUAGUAAUAUAAGCACAGAUUUAUUAGGGUUUAGUCUAGAAUUCAAAGAACGUUUAUUUUAUUUUCUUAAUAAAGACAAGAAAGAUGUAAUAAUUACAAAAUUCCUUUUAAAAACAUCAAAUAUUAUUUGUUCAACUUUAUCUUCUUGUUUCAAUACGAAUAUACGAAAAUAUAUAAACCAUUUUGAUGCUAUAAUUAUAGAUGAAGCAUCACAAGCAGUUGAAUUGGAUAUACUUAUUCCGUUAUGUUUUUCUUGUAAUAAGAUUAUAUUAGUUGGUGAUCCAAAUCAAUUAUCAGCUACAGUAUUUUCAAUGUUAGCUAAAAAAGGGAAAUAUGGUAGAUCUCUUUUUGAAAGAUUACAAAAAAAAAAUAAGAUGAAUAAGGUAAAAUAUAAUUUAUUAUCCAUACAAUAUAGAAUGCACCCAGAUAUAUCUUAUUUCCCAAACAAAUUUUAUUACAUGAAUAAAAUAACUGAUGCUUCUAGUUUUUUAUCUCUUUUACUUAAAGAAAAUAAAAUAAACGAAUAUAUUAAUGAAUUAAGAUAUAAAGACGAUACGGUUAAUGAGAAAAUGUAUAAUACUCUAACUAAUUUUAAUUUAUUUAAAUAUAUGGAAAAUCGUUUUGGUAAAUUACCGGAAAAUUUGCCUGAACUAUUUUUGUGUCAGAAAAAUGAAGGAAUAUUAGAAUGGUUCUUUAUUCCCUUUUUGCAACAUACUGUAUUUUACGAUAUCCCUUUUUCUAUCCAAAAGAAAAUAAAAACAUCAUAUGUAAAUGUUGAAGAGAGUGAAAUAGUUAUUCAUUUUAUUGAAUUCUUACAUUAUAUUUUUACAUCAGAAAAUGUGUAUGAAUGGUAUAAAAGAAUUGGUAUCAUAACUCCAUAUGCUAUACAAAAAUAUUUUCUAGAAAAUGAAUUAAAUCAUUUUUUUAAAAAAAAAGGGUAUAAAAAUAAUAUUUCGAAUUUCAUAGAUAUUGGGACCGUGGAUGGUUUUCAGGGGAAGGAAAAAGACAUUAUAAUAUUUGUAUGCGUAAGAACCACAGGAUAUAUAAGGAGUAAGCAUAAGAAAAAGAAGAAGGAAAAGAAACUACAAAAAGCAUUAAAAACAGAAGAGAAGCAUGAACUAAAAGCAUGUGUGCCCAAAAAAGGGGACCAAAAUGAAAGGAAUUCCGAAUAUUAUACAGAUGAAGAAGUAGAUGAUUCGAAUAUAUUCUUUACGAAUGAAAAAAGACUGAAUGUAGCUCUUACCAGGGCUAGGUGUAACUUAUUUAUUUUCGGAAAAUGCAAAUAUUUAAAAGAGUGCGAUUCAUGGAAUAAGAUUAUUAAUCAUUAUAAAAAAAAUAAUAAGGUCAUUAAAAUUGAUCAUAAAAUAUUAAUUUCCAAGGUGAAAAACAUAUCAGAAGAAAUAUUAGACGGCGAUCAAUUUGAUGAUAAUAUUCAACUAAUUCAUAAAAGAUUAGAAAAUUCUAUUUAUAAUGAGCAUAUUAUGUAUAAUGUUUUUUCACAAUACAGUGAAGAUGAAAGUGAACUCUCUAAAUUGAAGAGUUCACUUCAUACCAACCCAAUUAAGAGAAGUGAAAAGAUGGAAAUAAAAAAUAAGGCUAAAAGUGAAAAGGAUUACAACAAAAACUACGCUUACAAUAAUUUCGACGAAACGAAUGUGAACAUUGGAAACGUAGUUAACGAGAACGAUGUAAUCGACCUUUUAAAAAAGUUGUGCAUUAAUGAUUCAGAAAAAGCGAAUGUCUUAAAUCUGGAAGCAAAUCAAAGGGAAGAAGAUAACCACGUAGAAGAAGAUAACUAUGUAGAAGAAGAUAACUAUGUAGAAGAAGAUAACUACGUAGAAGAAAACUAUGUAGAAGAAGAUAACUACGUAGAAGAAGGUAACCAUGUGGAAGAUGACCACGUGGAAGAAGAUGGAAAGGAUAGAAGUAUAAGCACAGAUGUGACAUAUGAUGACGGGAAAAAUAGGAAUAAUUCUAUUUUAGGAAAAACGGAUAGGAAAAAAGAAGAAAUAAUGCUGGACAGUAGCAUAAUAACUGUAAAGAAAUCCAAGUUAACAGGAAAGAAGAUUAAGAGUGACAAAAUGAGUAGCUACAAUUCAGAAGAACUAAAAAAGAUUGAUAUUUCAUCAUCUCUAUUACCAUGCAACUCAAAAAAUGAAAAAUAUGGGAAUGCUAAAUCAUGUGCAAACAAUGAGACAGAAAAAAGUUAUGACAGUGAACAUAUCAAGAAGGAUAUUCCGUGUAGCAUAAUUAUUUCACCUUUGCAAGAAAAUAAUAUAUAUUUAAAAAAUAGCAAUUACUUUAUGGACAUGCUUCUAAACCAGUGCAAUACGGAUAAGAAACUACUUUCAGCAGUGCAAAUAUUUCUACCAAAUUUUUCGAAAUUUUUAUUUAAAUAA